AUUCCGUCCUCGCUCUUCAGAUACCGCGCGCCUUCUACUCGCUCGCUCAGUUUGUAUUCGGUAUCCAUCUCGAUUACCGUUCGGCGACGAGAUAGUACACACGGGGACGACGGAUAAUACGGCCGCGUGCGUGCGUGCGUUCCAUCCUCGUGCCGGACGCUUCUCGCGCGUCCCUCUCGAGAUACGAGUCUCCGUUUUCGUUCGAGUCGAGUUUUCUCAUCGAUCGCGCGAUCUCUCGCGUAGGAUCCGAGGCAGCUGCCGGCGAGGGAUCCUCUCACCUCCGCGAUUCGAUCCGAGGGGGAGAGUGGUGCGCAUUGUGCCAUUGGUUGUCAAGUGGUUUAAACAAGAAACAAAGAGGAAAAAACGAGCGGAGCUACUCGACGAGGGAAGAUGCCGUCGAUGCGAAUACUUGGCCUCCUGGUGAUUCUUCUCGCCGUGCAAGGCUUGUGUAAACCGAGUAAGAGUGCAGAAGAUCCGGAAUACGAGGAUGACACUCCCAUCGACGAAGAGGAUGAGGAUGACGAGGAUGAUGAAUCUGACAGUACCGCCGAAGCGCCUCCGCAAAUCUUAUCGCAUGGACUAAGUAUUCGCGAACAAGCCGGAAAUACCGUUAAACUGCCUUGUCAAGUAAUUCAUACAGAGAAUUACGCAGUCGCAUGGAUGAAAGAUGAUAAAUACUUAUACGUCGAGGGCGAACCACACAUAGAAGACUUUAAGAGGAUCGUCCGAUUGCCGAAUAACACUUUGGUGAUCAAAAAUGCGUCGGUCGAAGACUCCUCUAACGAUUAUAAAUGUAGUAUCCUACGGAAUCCCGAUCCCAUAGUUUUGACUCAUCGUCUGCUGAUCGAUCCUAAGAGAACGCACCAACAACCUAUAGCCUCGUCGACAUCAUCACCGCCGCAACACUCGCACAAAGGAAUCUUACGCGUAAUCCCUUCAAGAAGGGUCGAGGUGAAUGAGAGCUAUAGCGUCAUGCUCGGUUGUGAGACCGACAUACAGCCAACACCCGAAAUCAAGUGGUUUAUCGAGAACAAAAAGGUGAACAAUUACGAUCCCAAUAUAAUUCUGGAAGAUAAAUAUAUUACGAUAAAAAAUGUAAACGAAUCUCAUAGUGGAGUGUAUCAAUGCCUCGCUGAAGAUGGUUCGAAGAUGCCAGCAGUGGAGGCGAUUACCGUCGUUGUGCGCUAUAAACCCAAGAUAGAGGUGGAGAAAAACAUAAUUAAUAGCGGCGAAGGUAUGGAAUCAGAAAUAACAUGCAUCGUGAAUGCCUAUCCCGAAGCAACAGUACAAUGGUACAAAGAUGAAAAGAAACUUGUACAUAAAAAGGGAUCGAUAAUGAUACGUCACGGGGUCACAAAAGGUAACAAGACCAAGCACCAAGUGAAAAUCUUACAAACCUCGAGACAUGAUUUCGGCGAAUAUAGAUGCCAGGCGCAGAAUAUCCUUGGUCUCGACUCCAAAUCUAUCAUUUUAACAGGAGCGCCCUCAAAAGCGAUGAUAUCUGGCACCGAGGUGACCAGUGACGACAUGGGAAUUAUCCUAAAGUGGCAUCUGGAGAGUUAUUCGCCCAUCAACGAAUAUAAGUUACAAUAUCGCCGUAUAGGUGACGAAAAAUGGAAUGUCAUUGAACCCGAAGUUAAAGAUGGCAAAGGAAAUCAAUUUGUCGUAGAACAUCCGAUGCGAGAACUUCAGCCUGGAUCUUACGAGGCAAUCCUAACGGCUAGAAACACAUUCGGAUGGUCUCCAAUGUCAGAAAAGCUUUCAUUUACUGGGGAAUAUCCACCUGAUUUGGCGCUAAAAGAAAGAAAUUCGGCAACUGUUCGAUCUUCCGGAACUCUUCUAGCAUUGAUCCUAGUCGUUUUAUCUUGUGCCUUCACAAGUCUGUAAUUCUUUACUUAAAUCUAAAUACGUAGGUAAUUUGCUGCAGCCAAAGCAACACCAGCAAACGCCAUGGUGGAUCUAUUAGUGUAGGGACACUUAGGGGAGGCACAACGCACACAUAUAGUUUCAAUACAAAUUUUAUCAGGAUGUAUUUUACUUACAUAUUAUGUAUGUAAUAAAUUUCUUUCAAACACACGGGCAUUAUUGAGACAUAUUAACAUGUUAUGUAGAUAUAUAACAUGUACGUGUUGUAUAGUCGAAAUUUCGUGAUUGGCAUACAACUCGCCUAGGUGUUCCAUUAAGACGCGUUGUAAAGAAAAAAAUGAGCAUUUUAAUUUUACUCCGUAAAAUCACGAAUAAUUGUUAAGGGAUAUUGUACUUUAAAAUAUACAUAUAAUUUAUAUAUAUAUAUAUCUUUAUCCAUUUAUACACACAUAUAUAUGUACGGUACAUAUAUACGUGUGUAUAUAUACACGUAACAUAGUAUUCACUAUACAUGCGUAAGCUCACAGAGACACACAAUCAUAUUAUUAUAAUUUAUUUUUAUAUGCUUAAGAUUAUUAGAAAGAUAUUCAAAGAUAUGUCGCUUGGUGCCAUGUACACGGAUCUAUUACUUCCAAAAAACCAUGUACAGAAUUUGAAAGAUCUGUUGUCCACAAUGCAUAUGUGGAGAGAGCAUGUACCUAAAAUAAUGUAGUAGAAAAAAGGUAAAUGUUAUUAUAAAAACGUACGCUAUACUUUGUACGAUAAUGUAACGUGUAUAACCGAGUCGACAACAGGCGUAAAGUUGGGAGCAUUUAUACUGCAAUUAUCGUACAAGAAUUAUUCAUUAGCAUUACGUCCACGGUCCCGUAUGUUUGCUCCCAACGAAAGUGAAUCUGUUUUUUUAUUUACUCCUACGUUUUUCGAAUAUAAUGUGAUGCGCGAGUAACGAAUGUAAUGGAAUGAGUAUGCGAGAGAGUGAUAUUCUAUAGUGUUUUUCAUAAUAGUUUGCUAGCUUUUAGUGCCGAUAUGUUGUUAUUGAUUUAUAAUUAAUGUUAUACACACAGUACUAUAAGUAAUCAUAAUUGUACAAGAAACUGCCCAUUUUAACGGUGUGCUGGUCAUAAAUAUGAGUUACACAUGAAAUAGCCAUAUAUCUCUUCUAAAAUAUUUAGAACAUUUUUUUUAUAUAAUGUAUCUAAUUUAAUGUUUUUAAAAGCAAAACAUCUUAUAUAUAUUUUUUAAAUAAUCAUAAAUAUGAAUUAUGUAGACCUAUGUAUUAUUAUGUGAUUAUUAUAGAAAUCGGAUCAUUUUGUUGUAUUGUCUAGAAUAGUAUUUCUCUUCUAAGAUGACAAAGUAAAAUUUUCUUCACGUUUAUAAAAAUUAUACAUGCUUAUUAAUAACAAUAUCAAAGAAUGAUUUUAUAGUGUACUUACUUUAUUAUAUCGAGUUAUACUUUUUGAUUUUUGUAUCCAUGAUUUUACAAGAUAGAAUUUAUUUUUAGGAGUGAAAAUGGCUAUGGGAAA